GACGGGGUCUACUCCAUGCAUUUCUAAUUGAGCUAGCUAUACGCUGCAUAAGCAGCAAUAAAAAAACACUCCUUCUUUCUCAUUUGCGUCCUGGUUUAAGAAGAAGACGGACUCUAUUCAAAAGUCAAGUCGAUCGUUCACGGAGCCCGCUUCUCCCGACCCUUUCCUUUUCUUUUGUGUGUUUUAUUUCCAUCGCUGAUGAUUGUUUUACGAGUUACGAAACGCCAGAAAUCACCUAUCCGAGCUCCAUCUGAGGCUAACUAGCAUCAAGACAAGCCGUCAAAAUGCCCAAGGAUGAGCCAAGUGUCGGCUAUGUAUCUCGUUCGUCCUCUUCGAAUCAUGUUUCAGCAUUCAAGCCUGCAGUACCAUGUCAAAAUAUUCCAGAGAACCUUCGAUGCACUCGGCACAGAAUCCGCUUGGCCAAAAGUUCAAUGCUCCUGAGAGAUCGCUUUGUACCCCAGCGUUCAUAUUCUGGUAACACAAUAUCGAAGUUCCAUGUGCGAAAGCUACCCGUGGAUCUGGCUGCACACGAAAAACUACUUCGCCAACAGGAAAAUAACGAGAAUCCUUUCUGCCGCCGACGUCGACGGAUGGUAAUACCUAUUCAGUUCGAUAUUAAUGAUCUUUUCCAGCCGCCGCAUAUGUCACCCCACCUCUUGGACAACGAGGUCAACCCUAGACAAUAUUCCACGCAUGGACCAAGGGUCACACCGCGACAGGUCAGUGUUGGGGCUGUUUGGAACGUGGGAGGGGCAUCCAUUGCAACACGAGGCCCUUGGCUAGGCAUAGCCGAGAGCAAGAAUGGGUAUUCUUCAGGGAAGGUGCCUGCGCCCAUGUACUAUGCGCGCUAUGUGUUUGACGAAGAUGUUUCUUUGUCUGAGGAGACAGAGAUGAACAUGUCAAGAUUGGCAGCAGCUAUUGAUAUUGAUUUGACGCAUCGACAACUGGCCAUCUCUAAGCCAGCCACAUCUACAGAUAUCCGUGUCUGUCCGUUGUCACCGCAUUAUGAGAAGUCUCUUCCCCUUGCAUGGAGGGAGUGUGGAUGGAAAAGAACCGGAUCUGCUAUACCUGACGCUCACGGUAGUCAAGUUCAUAAACGGCCAUCAAUCUAUGGGGGUCCCUUCCACGUAUUGAGAACGGGGGAUUCCACAACGGACGACGAUUUCUAUCAUUCGGUACUUGCUUACUGUCAAGCUUCUGGGUUGCUUGCAUUUGCUGCGAAAGAUCAUGUCAUUCUGUGGUCGACGAUGUUCCGCCAGUGGGAGGGAUGGUUACCGCUUGGAGCCCCCUUUCCCGACAAAAUCACAGCAAUAGCCUUUUCAUCUCCAAGUGGCCGUAAAAGCAUUUUAGCGGUAACAACUGAGCGCGGUGCUUUGCGCCUGUGGGAAGCUCGACAGCUUCGCUUGAUAUACAGCUUGCGACUUCCUGCUAAAGUAACAUGUGUGGCAUUCAAGCCAACGACAACCCUGUGUCUGUCUGCGGUGUAUCCAAACACUGAAGUCCCUGUCGAACAUUUGGCCGUCGGAGAUGAUUGGGGUACAGUAUGGUAUUAUGCGGUAGAGAUAAAUCCGUUCUUUGAAGCUCUAUCAAGAGUAACCCUUUUGGCAAGAAUUGAUGCACAUCAUGGAUGUCUAUGUGCUAUCACUUGGUCACCAGAUUAUGAGUUCCUCCUAACUGGUGGUAACGAUAAUGUCUGUCUGUUGUUUGAAUUGAAACACAUCUUGGGAAAUCAACAGUCAUCGAAUGCGGCAGCGGGGUCAUUUUUGACAAAAGGGACUUUUCCUAGGUUGCGCCUUGCACAGGGCCGUCUGGGCCUGGUCGUUUCACAAUUCGCUCGAAUGUUGAAGAGCAAUCCCGGCCCUGAUUCCAUCGAUGUGCAUUCCGGAUCCCAGCCAAUGAGAGCCUCCAUAUCGAAUGCUUCAACCAUACCCCAAAAUAGGCGGUCUAGAAGCAUGAGCCCCGAGGAUGUUCAGGCGAGCAUCACACAUCAACGAGUUCGUAACGAUGCACUCAGCACAUCAACCGGGCCCCUAACACAGCCGAUUUCAAGAGUCCAGCCUUCUCGACGAGUCGCUUCUGCUUAUUACUCGCCAGCAUUGGCAGAUUUUAUCCCAUUUGCGACGUAUGCCCCUCAUGGUAAUCAUGUACGCCGCUUUGAGCAUAACUCAGCAGUUAAAGCAGUUGCUUUUGCACCCUGGCAGCCGACGCUGCUGGCCACUGGAGGGGGGAUGGGUGACCGCACUGUUUAUUUCUACCAUGCACCGACUGGAUGCUGCUUGGCCAAAAUAUAUAUGUGGGCUCAGGUGACAGGAUUGGUAUGGAGCAAGACUCGUCGUGAAAUUACUGUCGUCUUGGGAUACCAAGAGUACGACCAUCCAUAUCGUGUCGUGGUGUUCGCAUGGCCCAGCUGCGAGCAGCUUGCAGUCAUCCCAUGGGAUACGAAUGAGCCCGAGUAUCCUUUUUUCAUUGCAACAGAAAGGGCAAUAUCGACCAUUAGCAUUUCCAACUUUAUGAAACCAACGGUUGACGAAGCCGACUUUGAUCCGGAUGACGAGUGCAUUGCAGUCGCGUCCUCCAACUUCAUCAAAUUCUAUCGCAUUCCAUGCAAACCACGCAAAAUGCUGGCAGGUUCGGCUGGAGUUAUGCGUAGUGCAAUCCUGGAGGAGCUCGAUGGUAUCGAAAACCCACAAAAUGAAGUCAUCCGGUGACGGUAUGUGUGCGGGCAUGAUGUUGUGAUGGUUCUCAUUCUUAGACAGUAUGGUCAUAGAGAUCGCUAUGAGUAGCCACUCAUUCUGCUCAUCUGAUACGAGUGUUGUUAGGUAGCAUACUUAA